UGCCAGCCUGCCGGGUCCUUGACCUCUCGACUCUGUCGUCGCGCGUUUGCAUUGCCCAGUCUCUAUGGCUCAGUUUGUUGACAUAGGUGCUCUUCUGGGCUUCGCUUGCGAGGCGGUCCUCUUCGGCAUCAACUUGGUCGUGUUUGGCCUCGCCUUGAACGUGCUGCUUCCGCGAUUCCGUCGGCAUGGAUCGAACCAGGUUAUCUUGGCUUUGAGCAUAAUGCUCUUCUUGAGCUGUGUUGUGCACUUUGCUCUCGAGUUCAGCCACUUCCACACCACUUUGAGAACGACCGGUGUAGACGGAUUUGCCAACGAAACGAACGUGUAUUUCGUUGCCGACCUCUUCAUCUCGAUCACCGAUUUCUUUGGAGAUCUGAUUCUGAUCUAUCGUUUGUGGUUAAUCUGGGGUGGCAACUACCUCGUCACAAUCUUGCCACUGCUAACCUCGAUUGCCGGACUAAUCUGCGCGGCAGAGGUUGGACAUCUGGUUAACGGCACCCACAACGCUACCCCGUCGCCCUCGAUCGUGCCGUUGGGUCUUGCCAGCUUCAGUCUGCCCUUCUGCACAAAUGUUAUGGUGACUCUUCUGAUCGUCGGCCGUAUCUGGUACAUGUCACGGGGUAUGCGGGCCUAUAAGCUGACUGGUACACGGAGAGUCAUGGCCAUCAUGCUCGAGAGCGGAAUGUUGUACUUCCUUGUCCAGCUCGUCUUCCUCACACUCUACGGUAUGAACAACGAUGGCGAACAAGUCAUUAUUCCAAUGGCUGUCCAGGUCUAUGGCAUCGCAUCUUUCCUCAUCGUUAUACAAGCGGGACUGGGCCUUACUUCCGAAUAUCUUACGAAUGCAGUCGACAACGCACCGCCUGCCAACACUUGGGGACGACUACUACUAAGUAAUUUCUAUCCUACGCAUCUUACGUCGAAGGCAAACCCGAACGAUAUCGAGCUAGAGUCUCAAAAAGACUCAGAGCUCACCACACCUACCCCUAACGCAGCUAUGUGAACGCGUCAGUGUUCAUCCAAACUGUCGGCAUAUUUGUGCCGAGAUGCCGUCUGCACCAUUUGUACGAUCUGUCAAUGCCUCUCAUGACAUCUUCUUCGCUUGCUAC